ACCGCAGAACGGUUCAAUUUUAACGUAUAACGCUGCGAAUCAUUCAAUCAUCUUCCUUUUGCGAAAUCCCUACACUUUACUCCAUUAUGGCUCGUGCGAGAAAAUCCGCAUAUUACAUGUGGUUUCUGAACAAAUACCAUUGCAAAAUGUCAAUAUUUGAUACCAUCCGAAGUACGCAUGACUGUUUGUUAAAUUAAAGGAUAAACACACGGACGAACGACUACUUUAUUAAAAAUUACACUUUUCACUGGCAUCAGCACGUUGGAAUACGACUGCAUGCGCAAACUGGGGAUUUCAAAGAAGGAAACAUUGAAGUUCAAAUCAUUUAAAAUACUUUCUUCAUUUAUUGGUUAUUUCAUUAUAUUUUUAUUUUGAAGAAAUCUUUAACGGCCGUUCAUAGAUCUAAUAUUUUGUUGAGUAUCCCUAGAUGUAAUUGCUUAUAACAAAUAAUAUCCUUAAAAAUUUUCUUCCUUAAUUCAAGAAGUUCUCAACUACUUUUCCGUUCAAUAUAGACAACGACCUACGCAAGAUACGCUACCGCUCGUUAAUUACGUAAUACUACGAUGGAUGUGAAAGAUGUAACCAAAAAUUACUUGUUGAUGAAUGGAGCUUAAGAUUCGUGACAGUCUCCGCCUCCCACCGACUAUCACCGGGAAACUCGAUGCUGUUGUUGACAUUUUAGACGCUAGAGAUACACUUUGAUUAGCAUUCAUGAACUGUUUAAUGAAGUUUUGUAAUCUUUUUAAAUAUACGUUUCAAUAAAAUCAUCUAAUACGUACAGCUCAUCUAAAUGAUGAGUUCUCCUGUGUCCAUAAGCAACACUGGGCCUACAGCAGGUGCUUCUGGUAUGGAAACAGUGGUAGCUGUUGCACUUGGUGCACUUGCUGCUGUUUUCCUUGGUGCACUUUUAGUGUUGCUUGUUCUUUGUAAAAGACAACGGUGCUAUUAUAAUCAAAAGGAUUCUCCAGAUUUAAGCUCAGAUUUAUUAGAAGGAGAAAACUUCUCUGGUUUAGGCUUAGAUGCAUGGGAAAGUGAAGAAUGGUUAGCUGGUGCUGAAAGGUGGGUUGACGAUGCUACUGGUCUAGCUCCCUUGUGUAUUGCUGUAUUACGAUCAUGUCAUGCACUGGCUUCCAGUCUUACUGCUAUUGCAGGAACAGUGAACAGUAACACAGUUCCACUUGAGAUUGUAGAUGUUGCCAGACGAAUCCCACCUCGUGUGGAUGAUGUGGUUAGAAGUUUGUAUCCACCAUUAGAUGCCAGACUUCUGGAAGCUAGAGUAGCAGCAUUAGUGUUAGCUGUUACACAUUUAGCACUGGUUACAAAACACGGCGUAUCAAAGAGCCAUGCCAGGAAAUUAGCAUUUAUUGAUCAAGCGUUAAGCGAUAUGGAUUCUCACUUAUCAAUUUUACGAAAUGCCGCAUUAGCGCAGGAGGUGGCAUGCUCUGUUCCAGCUUCAACGCCAGUUUAAGUAGUAUAAUUUUCCUGACGCACAGUAAUGUUUUUUCCGUAUUUACAAACUUUAUAUCUCACAUAUAGGUUUUGGGUCUAAACAUUACAUUAUGUUAAAGAUCUGAAAAGGUAUACAUAUUACGAAACGUUAUAUUUUCUAUACUUGUCUUUUAUUAUGUCAAGGUUCAAAACCUAACAGUGCACGUUCGAGUUCUCUACCGACAAUAUUAUUUAGUGCUUUACAUUUCAUCUACUUAUAAUUAUUAUAAAAAUGCAUACAUUACUUUCACGACGUAUUAAAAAAUAUUGUGAGAUAUACAUAUAUAUAUAUUUAAACAUUUUUACAAUGAAAGAACACCAGAGGUAAUGUUUUGUGAUAUGGAUAUACGCAGAGAAUUUUAGUCUUCCAUUGUUAUGCUAUAUCAGAGUAUUUAUGUAUACCUGAGAUAAACAAAAAUUCUAUCUCGAGGACUAUGUCAUUGUCAAUUGUAUUAAGUAUUUAUAAGUGUUUGUACACAUAUAUUUUGUACGACUAUAAAGAUCAAAUUAAUUUAUAGAUAAGUAGAACUUUAUAAUAAAGCUGAACCGUAAGAAAAAUAAAAGUGGAGUAUUCGAAGAGUUUCAAUAAUA